AUGAUGCAGGAAGUUGUAGAUAAAAUCGUAAAGUGCGAUCCGGCAAAAGGUGUAUGGAAUGUUAAACCAAAUGCAUCUCUGACUGUAUGGUGCGAUGUAAGUUCGCUGGCAAAAGGAGUUGUGAUAAUGCAAGGUGACAGAAAGAUAAAAGAUGCGGCAUGGCUCCGACCAAAGUCUGAUGCAAUGCAUAUCAAUGUGGCCGAAUUAGAUGCAUGUAUUGAAGGUCUAAAUAUGGCAUUGAAAUGGAAUCCAAGUGAUGUCUCCAUUAAAACUGAUUUUCAUAGUGUAUUUAGUUGGUUAAAUUCUGAAUUGACUCGUGACAAACCUGUGAAAUAUGCUAAGCAAUGCGAAAUGUUAAUUCGACGAAGACUUCAAAUAUUUGAAAAAUUGGUCGAGGAUUAUGUCAUAAAUGUAACUGUUACAUGGGUACCAACAACUAAAAAUAUUGCAGAUGAACUCACAAGAUUGCCAACAAAAUGGAUAAAAAACAAAGUUGCCACACAAGAAUGUAAUACCAUUUAUAAGUAUGAUAAACAGCAGAUUCGAAAAAUUCAUUCACUAGCACACAUGGGAGUUUCCAAGAGUAUGGAGUUAUGUAUGCGCGCUGGUAUCCACGUUACCAGAGACACAGUGAAACAGGUUGUCGCUGAAUGCGAUGAAUGUAACUCGAUUUACCCUAAUGUGAUGUUGUGGGAUAAAGGAAAUCUUGCUGUUAGCAAAGUAUGGGAAAGAGUAGCCUGCGAUGUUACUCAUGUUGAUUCAUCGCUUUAUCUCACUUGCAUUGAUUGCGGCCCAAGCAGAUAUACGUUAUGGACACCAUUAAGCAACGAAAAUGCAACUAUGGUUGUUCAAGCGUUAGAAACAAUACGGUCAACACUUGGACCUUCUUCUGAAGUUCUUCUAGAUAACUCUAAGUCACUUAGAUCUCAGCUUAUGCAAACUAUGGCUGCGAAAUGGGAAAUAAGGCUCAUCUAUCGAGCUAUUGAAAAACCAUCGGGAAAUGGAGUAGGUGAAGAGUUCAUCGGACGGUAA